CGUGUGUUCCAGCCCAAGCGGCGCGGUGACCAACGUGCGCUUCACAGCUGGGGCUCAGCAGCAAAUUUGACCCUGAUUCACGUUCGACAGCUUCAGCCCGGGAGAAACACGCGAGGUCUUUGCGGUCCUUCUUUAAGGUCUUUGAUUAGGAUCUGAAGCUGCCUCUCGUCUCCACCAACGAUGCCGUGUGUGCUACCAGAGCCUGGGCGCGCAGGUCGAUGCUAAGGUGUCCUCGCCUCGGGGCGCGUGCGCCUAGUCUGCCCGCCAGUCCGCCCAGCGUGCCCCUUUCCGUCGCCGUUCCGUCGUUGCGCUGGUUGCCUCCGCGUCCGUGCCCCGGUGGCAUGCUUCGCACUCUUACCUUCUCACCGUUCAAGUCACCCGCUGCACUUCCACUCGCUUCUGCUCUUUGGGCAUUCGCUAUUCCUACGUCUUUGCAUCAUGGACCUCUUGGUUCAGGUGCUGCUAUGCCUCGUCUUCAUCCUCUCCCUUGCUCUCUACUUCCAAUUAGCGAGCGGGUCGCAGCAGCCCUCCAGCGGCUCGGGGUCGGGAAAAGGCAGCAGCAGCAAGUCAAAGUCGAAGAAGAAGAGUAAGAAGGCUAGCGUCCCCGCUCAGGCCUCUGCAGCUCAGCCAACGGAGACAAAAGCUAGUGACCGUCCGGUCGCAGAAGGCGGCGCAUUCAAAGCUCGUGAUGUGCCCACACCUCCUGCUGCAUCCGCUUCCGACGAGGUAGUCCCUGUCAGGGAAGAGGCUCGGCACACCAGCAAGCUUGCGCAGACAGAGGAAGACAUCUCACAAUCCUCGGAGUCAAGCAACAGAGCUGCUGCAUCGAAGAGCUCCUCGCUAUCCCAAAUUCCAGAUGCAGGGGCCGAGACUGUGGACCUCGCAUACUUCCAAGAGCAGUCCGAUCGACGUCGUGAAAGACCGGUAGAAGAUGCUUGGCAGAGCGUUGGGAAGGGAGCUGCUCGUCUCAGCAAGCCCGUGCAGAGUUGUGAGUCUAUGAUCGCCCAACCCUCUCGGUGUCAUACUGACAUUUCAGGGUCUCCUCCUCGCUGUUCUUUCUCUAGCUUCCACUUCCUACUCCUCCAUCGCAUCCAGCAACCCUUUUGCAGUUCUGCCCGGAGAUGGCGCCAAGCCUGCAGCUGCAGCCUCUCGAAGCAUCAGCAUACCAGCCAGUGCAAGCAGCAGCUCGUCCAAGACUCGGGCCCCCACAUCGUCCCAGACGGCAUCUUCGUCCGCUGCCGAGCUAACAAAAAGACAACGGCAGAAUGCUGCUCGUGCAGCUGCCGCCAAGCAAGCAAAAGAAGAAGAAGAGAAAAUUCGUCUAGCCAGAUUGGAAGCUCACAGGAGGGAAGCGCAGCGGGAAAAAAUGAGGGAAGAGGAGCGCAAGAAGUUUGCGAAGGGCAUCCAAAGCUCAGGCCCUAACGGUACCAAUGCAAAUGGAAAGUCUCCAGCAAGUCGCGGCAAUCGAGGUGGGCUCGACUCGAAAGCUUCCGUUAACACGAAGGGUCAGCUCGUGUGGGAUUGACUCGCAACCACUUCUCCUGCCUCAUUCUCUCCCUCCCUCCUUUGCAUACUGCGUCUCACCUCUACCUCAUGCCCGAACGAACAUCCCUUCGAUCAAUACAAAUGAACAUUCCCUCUUCUUGUGCGACUUCUCUUCCAACGGCUCAACAAUGACAUUGUCCCUACGAAUAUCAUCCACUACAGACUAUCCAAUCUGCAUCCAUUGCUCGCGACCAGCGCGUGCGAUCUACAAGCACUAUACAGCGAAUCUCGUCGUCUUACUGCCCUGCAGCGGAACCAGCUGUGGUGGCUUUAUCGACUCAUAUGCCGAAGAGGAAUACAGAGAUUCAGGCAGCAGUAGGGUCACCAC